AUGACGAAAAUAACAGAUGCAGCAACGAGACAGGCAGUUCAAAGUGCCUAUGACGCCGUUAGAGCAACUGUUGUGGAAAGUCAAGAAAAAGAGUUACAACAGACCAAAACAGACCUAGUAAAUGCUUUCUUAAAAACGAAAAGUCAGGUAGGACAUUAUGCUGCAGAUGGAACAUAUGUGCCAGCUGGUGGAACUUAUAUACCAGCUGGUGGAACUUAUAUACUAGCUAGUGGAACUUAUAUACCACCAAACCCUCCAAGAGAAGCACCUGCACCAGGACUACCUAAAACAUUUACAUCGUCACAUGGACACAGACACAGGCAUGCACCAAAACCAACAGUUCAAAAUCCAGCACAGCAACCAACAGUUCAAAAUCCAGCACCACAACCAACAGUUCAAAACACUGCACAGCAACAACCACAAACAGAGCAAGGACAUAAAAGAAGUAGAGAACAAGGAAACCAAGAAUUCUUAAAAAUGCUUAAGGAAAAUUAUGGUUACCCAGAUACUCUUGACUUUAGUGACAGAUAUAAAGAAGCUAUUAGAAAGUUCAAGGAAGGAAAUACUGACCCGAACCUAUUUAGCUUUAUGGUUCAGCACCAAAUGGGAUAUAAUUUCAAACCUGGAAAAUACAAGCUCGCUAAGGGAUAUGAUUUAAUAGCAUAUCAUCCAAAUGACAUGACUGAAUUUACUCCGAGAUAUUUGGUGUCAGAGCUAAAUGAUAAUUCAACUCUCUUCAUGAAACGCGUAAAAAAUAGAGACGGAACGAAAGAAGAAAGGGUUAUGAAUGCGGAUGACUUAAAUAGGGAACUUGUUAAAAACGGUCUCGGAAUAUAUGAAAUGCCAGCAGAUGAGGUACAAGAAACUCCACAGGAAGAAGUUCAGAUACAACCAGACAUGGAAGAAAUAGUUCAGCAACAACAGCUAGAAGAGCCAGAAGGAAACGAACAAGUCCCUCCUUUGGAAACUAACUUCACAGAACUAGAUGAAGAUUUGGAACAGCCGAAA